AUGUCGUCUAUUUCUUGGUACUUUGAGCCUUCUGAAAUGGAGCUCAAAAACUUUCUACCCUUGUCCAAUUUCGAAUUCAAGUUGAUGAGCAAGCUUAUUCACGUCAUUCGCCUUGGCCUCCACCUCCACGGCUUACAGUGCGGACAAGAAGACCUGACCAUCACGGACACGUCCCCUGCAGCAGUUGCACAGCAAUGUCGGUCGUUUGUCAAGAAGGCGCGAGUUUCCUGGGUCAAUUGUGACAAAUUCUUCCCACUCCGUCUUACAGCACCCUCCAUGGCUCUGAUAAUCUCCCACGUCCCGCUGAGCACCUCCGUCUCCACCACGUCGGUAUUCAAGAUCUGUGUCCUCCGCACUUUUGGUGUUGGUUCCGAAGAAGCCAUCAACGACCUUGGAAUCACCUUUAAAGAGUCAACAGAGUCCUCCUCAGAGUCCGAACCUGACUACGACAAGAUCAUUGCAGUUAUUUCAGCCCUUGGCAAAGGAAUCAAGAAAAUUACCCGUCCUGUAUACGGUCAAAUGCAGAUUGCUCGAGCAUCUGUUCCCACCAUGUUAGAGAAGUUUUGGGUCUUCGCUGGAAAGGUCAUGGAGAAAGUCGAACCUGGUGGACCUACACAAUCAUUCGAAGAAGUCUAUAAUCUGCUUUGCAGUUUCAAUAUUCCCACAGUUCCGAAGCACGGGUUGUUAGCAUGGUUGAUUACUAGCGAUUUGACGGAAUGGGAGAUCUGCAAGCCACCAACCAUCAAGACACUUGCUAGACAUAUGGGCGUGUCCUCGGAUGGAGGUUCUUCUUCGAAGCGCGGUGGUCCAUCGGGCCCGAGUAAAGCUUUGGUUUUGGUCGAGCAGAUCUACAAAGAGAUGGUUGCCAAGGACGGGGCUGAAUAUGUUCAGCCAGAUGUUGGUGCUGGUCUGGUCAACGUCUGGAAAGUUCUUGAGCAUCCGCCUGUUGAUGCGAUAUGGCUGGAGGAAUUAAUGGAGGAGUGUAGGAAAGCUCAAGGGCGUUCGAUUUCUGUGAUUGAUAUGGAGCAUUUGCUCUGUAAGAUUGCAAGAUAUACUGCGAAGUCACGAUAA